GAACUUCCAAAGUGAAGCCGCGUUUACCGCAGGUUUCGGUUAGGCGCCGCCGGAAGUGACUUCUGGGCCGCGUUGAUGUCACGCGCGUCUCUCUAGGAACACACCGGAAGCGGUGCCGUGCCUAAAAACCAAAAAUGCCCACACGGCGGCAACGGGCGUCGAGUCUAGCCUAGGAACAGAAAACUCAAGUCAGGAUCAUGGCGCUUUCUCCAAAACGGAGAUCCUAAAUCCGGGGAAGAAGGCGAAUGUCUAAGCGGAAGUGACACGACAGGAAAAGGGGCCGCCAUGGCAGCUGUGCUGGAGAAUGGGGAGGAGGAGGAGGAAGAAGGAGUCCUGGCAGCAGCAGCCCCGGAUCCCUGCGUCGCUCUGCGGCUGGUGGCCGCCGCAGCCUGGCACGUGGUCCAGGAGCGCCGGAUCCGUGACUUCCCCCGUGUGCUGGCACUGCUGGACGCGGUGGGGGAAGUGGCUCCCAACCUGGUGCACUACCGGCACCUCGCUAAGCUGCGCCUGGGCCUGCAGGCCAAGGUGGUCAUGAACAUGCUUCAGGAGGAACAGCCAGAUGGGAAAAUCUACAGUGCCAUAGAUACAUACUUCCCAGAGGAUGAGCCUCCAUCCCACCCCAAAGCUACUGCUCAGGACUUGGAAUUGGUGGAAGCCGCUCAGGAAAACUUCCGGGAUCUGGUGCUGGGAUUGCUGAGUGACCACAGGCAGCGAGAGAAGUAUGUGCAGGAACACCUGGAAAAUGAUUAUGGAGAAGCUUUCCUUCGUGUGGUGGAAGAACUGUUCUGUGAUUACUUGUGGCAACUGGAGAGCACUCUUCCGAAGCCCUGCUUCCAGCAGCUGCUGGAGGCUGCCUGCGUCCAGGAUCCCAGCCAGCCUUCCCCAGACCCCAACAUCCUCCACCAGUACCUCACAGACAUGGGGUACCAGAACACUGCUUCUCCUGCACAUCCGCCCCCUCCCAGCCAGAUGAGCCCCCCAUUCCACAGUGAGGAGGAGGAAGAGGAGGGGCCUAGGACCCCGGAGCCUUGUCAAUGCCAAUCAAGCCCAGGCAGGGGCAGAAGAGAGAGGAGCCACCCGCCCUGUGCCCAGGAAGUGGAUUCCCAGAGGAACCAUUCAGGCCUCCAGCUGCCGGGCGACCAGGAAGUGGACCAAUCUGGAGACAUGGUGUCGGAUUCCAGCAGUGGGAGUGGCAGCCCGCCUUUCAGGAAGCAGGGUGAAUACCAGUGCACCCACCACAACACCCUCAUCCCCACACUCCAGGAGUACUUCCAGAGCAGCAACCCUAGUGGCGGCAGCAGCAGUGGGUGACUGUUCCCUCCUCACACCAGGAGGAGCCCACCCCCAGACCCAUGCCCUCCUCUUUCUCCCAACCCCAGGGUGCUGGCUUUUCAGACUCAGUGACUUCCCUCAAGGUGUGAUGGCCGUUGCCUUGAUCUUCUGAAUACAAACACAGACAUUCUGAGUGCCAAACUUCACUUUAUAGCUUUAUUUUGGGUUCAGUAAACAGUGUAAAAAUUUCCAUUUCAUUA